CGUAACAGUAACUUGGUAAGCGUUCGUAUCCGUUGCAUUACGGUCUUUUAUACACUGAUCACAUGCUUCGUACUUCGGAUACCAUCGUUGUUCGCAUUGACUGUACAUCGCUACGACAGCUGUCCAGAUUUCGUUCGAAGUCUCGCUGUUGAGCCUCAGGAAUGGGCAAUGGAGAGUGAAAUUUAUUAUUUUUAUGACUUCUAUUUUAUUGUUUUCUUGCAAAUAUUUCUGCCGUUCGGUCUUCUCGUUGGCCUGAAUAUACUUAUUGUGAUAAAACUCGCUAAGGAUACAACUGUGCGCAAGUUAUCCGAAGCGGUCAGCUUCAAUAAACGAGAUGAUUCAAUACAAAAGUCGAACAUUUCAUCAUCAAUACGAAAUGCGGUGUGUACAAUGUUGGCAAUUGUGUUCAGUUAUUUGAUUUGUAAUUCGUUACAUCUGGGACUGACAAUACUGGAACGGACGCAAUCGUCAAUUCUAAUCACGGAAGAGGACGAAACGCUUGCGUCGCCGUUCUACACGAUCUUUGGUGAUACAGUAAGUAUACUGUAUAUGUUCACCAGUUCAAUUCGUAUUUCCAUUUAUGCAAAAUUCAAUCCUCGAAUGCGCCGUCACAUAAUUGCUGUCUUCGUUGAACUAUGUACCAAAUGUGGAUAA